CAAUCAUACUGGUUCAGCACCUAAACAUCUUGUCAAACGGUAAAAUGGGUUGAGCAACUGUUCGUAGUAUCUGACUCUUUCGCAAAGCUUUAGUCGACGGCUUCACUUUGCAAUACAUGCUUCGUCACGAACAGCUGAACUAUACUCAACUACAACUACAUUACACAUAGACCCAGGGUUCUCGUCAAUGGCGGAAGACGUCGUGGACCCGUCGCCAGAGGCGGCAGCACCUACGUCGGUGGCACUUCUCAUCCAGCUCAUCCUGCUGGCUGCUGCCUUCGUGAUCGGUCGCUGGCUGGAACGCAUUCGCUUCCAGUGGCUGGGCGAGGCGGGGGCGGCGCUGCUGCUGGGGCUGGGUGUAGGGCUGGUGCUGCGGGCGGCGGGGGUGGGGGCGCGGCUGGCGGCGGCGGUGGCGUUCAAGGGCGGUAUCUUCUUCUACGUGCUGCUGCCUGUCAUCAUGUUCGAUGCGGGCUACAGCCUGGACACGCGCAUGUUCAUCCGCAACCUGGGUAGCGUGUGCGCCUUCGCCUUCGCGGGGACCACCAUCUCCUGCUUCGUGGUGGGGCUCAUGAUGUGGGCCUUUGGCGAGUGGGGCUGGUGCUUCCGCAUGCCGCUGCUACACAACCUCACCUUUGGUGCGCUCAUAAGCGCGACCGACCCGGUGACGGUGCUGGCGGUGUUUCAGAAGCUGCACGCGCAGCCCGACCUGUACAUGAACGUGUUCGGGGAAAGCGUGCUGAACGACGCGGUGGGCAUGGUGCUCUUCAACGUGCUGUCGUCAUUCGCGGGGGGCAAGAGCGUGGGCGCGGGGAGCGUGAUGGCAGGCAUCGGUCAGUUCUUCGGCAUCUUCCUGGGCUCCACCGUCAUCGGGCUGGCGGUGGGGCUGCUGGCGGCGUUCAUAUUCAGGUCGAGGUAUUUUUACUCGGGCCCUGUUGUACGCGCCCCCACCUCCUCCUCCGAUGAUGGUAGUGGCGGGGGGAGGGCGGCUGAGCAGCUUGGCGGCGGCAGUACGACCUUUGAGGUGGGCCUGGCGGUUGUGUUUGCGUACGGCAGCUACCUGGUUGCUGACGCGGCGCACUGCAGCGGCAUCGUGGCGGUGGUGGUGAACGGCAUGGUGAUGAACAUGUACGUGCGACCCAACCUGAGCGAGGAGGCGGAGCACAGGAUUGAGACCCUGUUCAAGACCCUGGCCAGCUUGUUCGAGCUGUUCGUGUUCUGCUACAUUGGCAGCACGCUGUUCCUGCAGGAGGAGCAGUUCGACAUUGUGGGAUACACGGCCCUCUGCCUCCUUGCGCUGGCCGUCUCCCGCGCCGCCAACGUCCUGCCAUGCGCCGCUGUCGUCAACCUGCUGCGCCCCAUGGAGCGGCGACUGCCCGCGCGCAGCCAGGCCAUGAUGUGGUGGAGCGGGCUGCGGGGCGCCAUGGCGUUCGCGCUGUCGGUGGAGGCGAGCGACCGAUUCGGAGUGUACGGCAAGGUUAUGAAGACCUGCACCUUCUAUGUCAUCUUCAUAACGGUCCUCAUCAACGGCGGCUCAUGCGGCUAUCUGCUGGAGAGGCUGCGGCUGCGGGCAUGCGACGAGGAGGGGCUCAUGCAGGGGGCAGCGGACGAGGAGGGCGGGGGAGACCAGCUCUGCUGUGGUUGCGUCAAGGGCAGAGGCGGCAGUGAGGAGGGGGAGGAAGAUGAUGAGGAGGAGGGCAGCGGGCGGGGUAGGGCUGGGGAGCGGGUAACCACGGGGCUGCUGCAGCUGCCGGUGGUGAACCAUGGGUCACGGGGGAGCAGGAACUGGCAUGUGGGAGGUGGUGGUGGCGGCGGCGGCGGAGAGGUGUACGGCGGUAAUGAUGGUGGCUGUGGCAACACCGGCCACAAGGAUGGUUUCAGGAAUGGGCACAGUGCGUACUACAAGUCGCUUGAGAAGGAGGAGCAGGAGGAGCCAGAUGGAGAGGGAGAGCAGGGGGGUCAGCUUGGCGCCGCAGCCUCCUCUGCCCGUCCCGCCCUGCAUCCCCAUCAUCUUCACCUCCAACUGGAGGGGUAUCAAGUCCGCCAGCUCAGCAGCAGCAGCAGCAUCGGCACGGGCACGGGCACCAAGUACGAUUUUGACAUUACAAAGGCGAUAGAAGCCGCCUCAGCCGCUACAGCGGUAGCAACACCGCCGGCGGCGGCGGCGGCAGCGGCGGCGAUAACGGGCAGUCACCGCCGCCACCGCAGUGUAGACCUGGCGGAGGCGGCGGUGGCGGCGGCGGAGGCGCUAUCAAUGGCGGCUAUGGUGGCGGGUAGUGGGAAGGAAGAGGUGGCGAACGGAGGGCGACACGAGCUGCCGCAACAGCAGCAGCCACUGCAAGUUGGCGGUCCAGCUACUACCCUGGAGGCGGCGGCGACGGCGGCGGCGGAGGAGGAGGCUACAGGGGGUUUCAAGACGCCGCCGCCGAAGGGGAGCCGUGUUACCGGCGCCGCCGGCAGCAGCCGCAGCCUCCGCGGUGGCGGGUUGUUCUCCGGGGGCAGCGGGGGAGGCGCCGGCAGCGCGGGUAGCAACGGCGGCGGAGGUGGCAGUGGCGGCGGCAGCGGCCCUCGAAUGUCCAAAUCCAAGUCCAUGUCAUCUGGAUUUAGCGGAGAGGCGACAGGCGGGGGUGCAGGGAGGGGAGGAGCUUCCGCGUCGUCAUCAUCGGGGUCGGCGGCGGCGGGGGCGGCGGCAGGGAGCAGCGGUCGGGCGGGGGGUGGGGGCCAUGUGCGGUCGCUGUCACGUCCCUCGGCGCUGCUUGAGAAGUUCAGGUCGCUGAACGAUGGUCGACUGGUGGAGCGGUUUGACGAGUUUGACCGCAGGAUGUCCAAGGUGCUGAUCCAUCCGGACGCGAGGCGUGAGGCGGAUCUGGUUGAGCUGGCCUCCCCUGGAGCCUUCCGCGCCGCUCUCUCCGCUCGCCACCAGCACCCCCACACGCCCCCGCCCCCACUGCAGCUACCGCACCCGCAGCAUCCGCACCCGCACCCGCAGCAGCUUACGACACCACCUGCACAACAGCAGCAGCAGCAGAGGUCCUCCGCCCGACAAGGUUCUGGAAGUAGCGCCGGUGCGAGCAUGAGCAUGGGCGUUGGGCACUGGGCUGGCUCGGGGCCCCAACAGCCGACGCACCACGCGCAGGAGCAGCCGUCUCCGUUUUCAUCGCCGCCAGCGGUGUCCGCGGCCCCAUCCCAUGGGCCCUGCACCCCGCUAGAGCAGAAGAUGGGAAGCGCGGUGGGUAGUGGCGGAGGUGGAUCGGGUCGGGGUGCCGGCAGAUUGCAGCCGCAGAUGCUCACGUUCGCGUCGCCACCCACGCCGCCGGAAGAGAGAGGACAGGGCGGGGAGGGGCAGCAGCGACAGGGGGCGGGGCAAGGGACGGAGGCCGCUGCCGGUAUGGUUGGGGUGCCGGCGCGGGGGUCAGCGCCGGCAGCGCUCUCACUGCUUGGUGGCGAGUGCGACAUGGUGGAGUCGGGUGGUCGGCAGCUGGCCAACUCCACAUCGGCUCCUGCGGAGUCCUCGGAAGGGCGGUAACAACCGGCAGCCGGGCAUGCGGGCGCGUGAUUUGGAGGACAGUGCAGGAGAGGAUGCGACCUGGGGACAUGGGGAACGGGACGGGGGGAACGGGAACCGGACCGCAGAUGUGACCGCUGCGACAGGCGGCGAGGGGGGUUCACUAGGUGGGUGGGUGGGUGGACUGGGUGUGGGUGCACCGUGAAUGCAGCGCAGCGUUUUUGAGGCACUGGAAGCGGAGGGUGAUAGUGCCGGGGGCUGCCGUACAUUCGCAUUUGGUGUGGUUCACGGGUAUGCUCGUGUAGCCAGCUCGUGUGGCUAUCUUAACUUCUUAAGUGUACCGUAUGUGAUGGCUGCGGGGUCAUUCUCCUUCCUAAAUACGUGCCAAAAUGCGAGGGACUUGCUCUCUUACGUCGUUGUAGGUCGGCAUUGUAGGCGCCCAGCAGACGUUAUUGUGGGAACAGUGUGCGCCUUUUUGCCGCGUGCGUGUCGUACCGGUAAUCAACUGCGAUCAACAACAAGGGUGCGUGAUGCGUACGGUGAUGUGUACAAUUUGGAAACACAUGAGAGAUCAUGAGAGACGCAAG